GUCUGUUCAGUAAGUUUCACUUUCCAUUCCUCAGAAAUCCUGUCUGCCAGCCAGUACUUCACAUCUCUCAGACACGAUGGCAGAAGCCUUGCACAUCAGCUCUCCAGAUAUGUUGACUUGCUCCAUCUGUCUGGAGGUCCUUAACGAGCCUGUUUGUAUCCCCUGCGGCCACAACUACUGCAUGUUUUGCAUCAACAAAUAUUGGGAAACAUCGAAGAGGUUCAGUUGUCCUCAGUGUAGAGAAAUCUUUCCUUCAAAACCAAAGCUCAGUAAAAACAUCACUGUGGCUAACAUUGUGGAGGAAUUGAAGAAAAGCAGACACAGCUUCCCUACCUCUCAGAUGGAGGAUGAUCUUCCAGAGGCAGAGUGUGAUUUGUGUAUCGGGAAGAAAUUGCGAGCGGUGAAGUUCUGCGUCAUCUGUCAGGUCUACCUCUGUGGGCCUCACAUCCAGCAUCACAAGACUGACAGAGCUCGGAGGAGACACAAGUUGGUCAAACUUUCUCGUAAUCGACAGAACACGAUGUGCUCAAAGCACCAGAAACGCCUGAAUCUCUUCUGCCUAACCGAUCAGACGUGUGUGUGCCAAUGGUGUGCAACCACUGAACACAAGAUGCAUGUGAUAAUGGAGCUGGAGAGGGCGAGAGUAGAGAAACAGAUUCAGCUGGGGACAGCGCUUUGCCAGAUUAGACGGGAAACCCAAGAUCUAAAGAAAAAGUUGAAGAAGAUGCAAGAAAACUCUGAGGCUGUCCAAUUUUUGGCAGAAAAAGAGAUGGGAAACUGUAAGGACAGCUUCAAAGAACUAAUAGAAGCCACUGAGAAAACCCAACAGAAAGUAAUAGACCAGAUUAAAGAGCAAAAGAAUAUCAACGUGUGGAAGGCCGAUAGGAUAAUGAGGCAAAUGAAGGAGGAACUUGAGGAAGUGAAUAAGAGGGAAGCCGAACUGAACCAGCUUUUGGAGACGCAUGACAAUAUCCAGUUCCUCCAGAAAUUUCAGCUUCUUAACAUUUCGUCACAAGAAACGAAAGAUUUCAGCAUCACGAUCGAUGACAACUUCUCAUUUGAGGAUCUGUGGCUGGAGGUGUCAUCUUUGAAGGAGAGAUUGGAUGAGCUGAGUAAAGGAAAAUUCAGAAGACCCAGUGAGAAAGCACCAGAAGCUCCUACUUCUAAUGUUCCAUCUCCAAUACCAAGUCCUAGAGAUGCCCUUCUUCCAUCACCUGAAGCUCCUAUUUCUAAUGUUCCAGCUCCAAUACCAAGUCCCAGAGAUGCCCUUCUUCCAUAUGCCCAUUCUGUCACUCUGGACCCCAACACGGCCAAUAAAAAUCUUUACCUGUUUGAAGGAAACAGGGAGGUGACGUGCAUUAAUAUGAGAAGGAUUGUGCCUGCCCACCCUGCCAGAUUUGACAACGUCUUUCAAGUUCUCUGCUCAGACGGUCUUUUUGGCUCUCGCUUUUAUUGGGAGGUGGAGAGAUGUGGACAAGGAGCAGUUAUAGGUGUUACAUAUGUUGAUAUUGAUAGAAAAGGCAAAGAUGCGAGUUGUAUCAUCGGGCGCAAUGACAGGUCCUGGAGUUUGUUCUGCUCAGAUUCUUUUUGCUCUGUAUAUCACAAUGAUCAAGAAGUCAUACUAAAUGCCGCACCUAGUCAUCGAAUUGGGGUGUACUUAGACUGGCCAGCUAAGUGUCUGUCAUUUUAUAGCAUCUCACAGCAGACAAGCUUACUGUACAGAUUCAAGACCAAUUUCACAGGGCCGCUGUAUCCUGCUUUUUCUCUCUAUCCAGAUUCCCGUGUAAGGAUCGUUCAGUUAGACUCACCUUUUUGUUGAGGAUGCCCUAGAACACUAUUGACUGAUUUCACUGGUCGUCUAAAGCCCUUCAACUUUCCUUGCACUUACACACCAUUAUAAACUGGUCGCCAUCACCUUCAUUCUAGCGAGGAAACAUAUAAGACAACACUUGCCCUCUUUUCUUUAGCUUGGCGUGUAAGAUGUAUGGCUGCAGUCCCCCUUCACUGAUACUUAUCCCUAAACUUAAAGGGUAAGUUUGUGAAGAAAUAACUUUGACUUGAAAAAAAUCAAUCAUGGUGUAUAUUAAUUUGCUAUAUAAAAUUGCAUUUUUUUUAUAAAUUUUAAAAGCAAAUUUAGGGCGUAAGGGUACAAGGGUCCAAGUAUGAAAAAAAAAAAAAAAGGUGUAAACUUACUAAGUAUGUUCAUUACGUUGCACUAUUGGAGAUUAAUUUGCAUCUUGUGAUUGCACAAAUCUUGUAAAAGAGUGUAUCCAUGUCACUUUAGAAAGGAAUAAAAAAUGAAGUAGGCGAUCUGUAAAAUGCUGCCAUCUUAAAAAAAAACAAAAAAAACGGCUAUGUACCUCAUCGAUUAUUUCUCCCUUCGCACGACCUUUCAACCCUCCAGUGGUGUGGUUUCCUCUGUCUCUUUUAGUGAAUUCUGUACAUGAAUUAUCAUCUUGAGAAUCGAUCCCUUAUGGGUAUGCUUUCUUUCAGGAUUUAGACAAAUAAGCUAUCAUUUUAACCACGACGGCGAGGAUAAUCACUAAGCCGUAUUUGUUCCAGCUGGAAUCCACCGAUGAGGCGCUCCAAUAGAUCAAACAGAGAAGAAUGGUGUGGAGAGCAGAAUCGGAGAGACAGAAAGAACAAAAUAUACAUCUGCAAGGUAAGAAGUGCAACAAACAAGUGGUGAUUGUGAAGAUGGUGCACAUGUGACAAUUGAAAGACUUUGAAUCAAGGAAUUGUGUCUUUGCUGCAGCAUAAGGGUACAUUCUGCCGAAAAACCUUGUUACUGAUGAAGACAAAUUGUCAGCUAUCAUUAAUCAUGGAGUUCUGGCAACAAUUUUCCCACUUUCCAAAAUUAAACUGGAAGAAACGAUCAAAGCCUGAAAAACCAAAUGGGCAACUUUUGUUUGAGUAGGUUUAGCUAUUGAUCCUAUUUUUUGCAGUGCUAAAUGCUUACUUAGUGUUGAUGCGUGAGAGAUCUGAAUGACUGUAUGGAGAUUAUUGUUAAGUACACGGACAUCUGCCACGCAACCACUUCAAACCCAUGGCGCUAGAUCAGUGAAACAGCACCACUAGUGAUUGUUCUGCCUUGCCGCCCUACAGAAGAAGCACUCGUCUCUACCGUAUUUACUUUGCUAGUAUGUGACAUUUCCAUUGUUAUUAUUCUACAAUUCAUCCAAUUUCAGUUAGAGCUGCAAUUAAAUAACUCGCCUGAAACAUGUUUGGAACUGCAGUUGGCUUCCAUAAUGGCCGAUUGGGGAAACAUUUUCUUUUCCUCUUCGGCUGCAAGUAGUCAUCCACGGAGAAAUGAGUGCUGCAAACUUGUAGGCCUACUUUCGGUGGGGUCUUCUGUUUGAGUGUUCAUAUCCAGUGCAAACCAUGAAGUUCAGGUGCGGAGGUUGAUGAAACUGGAACCACUUUGUUUUUUUAAGUUUAGGUUUACACCCUGGAAAUGAUCAUUUGUCUAACCAUUUUCUUGUAGAACCAAAUUGCUGUAAACAGCUUCAAACAUGUGUUUUUGGCAACUUUUCUUAUUUAUAUCUAAACUCCUCCCAUAAUGGUAGCUUGUGAGCAGGCAAACAAACAGGAAACGUAUUUCCUCAGGGAACCUGCGACAAUGUAAUUACGAGGGGCAGUCAAAAAUUUCCCUGAAUUGUGAUAUAGCGAGAGAGUAAGAGAUCAGAUUACGCACACACUGUUCUGGAGGGGAGAGCAGCACAUCGAUAGACCAGUUACAACAGGUCUGGAUUGGUUUUGGCGUGUAGUAUUGUUUUAAUUACCGUUUGGUUGCGCAACAUGCACAUGAACUUGAUUUUAGCACGUUGUUCGAAGUGAGACAUUGUGCCGAAUGACUAUGCACACGUCUGACUCAAAUGGUAAUUAAAACAGUACUACCCGCCGAAACCAAAAAACACCUGUCGUAACUGGUCUGCAGACAUGCUGCGCUCCCCGUAAUCUGAAUUCUCACUCUCCUGCAAUAUUACAAUUCCCAGAAACUUUUUGACUGCCCCUCAUUUUUGGAGUUUCUUUCCAUCAUCAUUCAUUUUCAUAAAUGCGGAAGUCACGUUUUUUAAAAUCAAAACUCUGUUGCUUCAAAGUGGAUGUUCUUGGUAAGAUGUUGAAUCUUUUUCUAUUACCUAUGGACUUUUGUACCCUUUAGCCCCAUUAUAAGCUACAAGAACAGACGAGACAUUUUUAAAUUUUGUAAAAAAAAAAAUGCUUCUCAUUUUUAUGUGGCACAUUAACAUAUACCAUAAUUGUGAAGAAAUAACUCGUAAAAUACCAAACUUAUCCUUUAAGGUAAAAAAUUAAGUUUUCAGUGCAACUGCUACACUGGGCCAGUCUUUGGAAUGAAGACCGCAUUCAAUCUUUAAAGCCAGCAGCCGGGCUUACAUCCAGGUCCCUGUAAGAGAAGCAAGGCGGGCUGCAUGUGCAAUUAGCCUCACGGUGCCUUCCUUAAAGGAGCCUGAGACCACCGCUCCCCCCAUAAAGAGGGAAUGUUUGCUUUCACUAUUAUCAUCAGUUGGUGAUUACAGCAGCAAAAUAAGAAUUCUAGUAAAUAUCACAUACUUUUGUUGUCAUCUUCAAUGUGUGCAGAAGAGGACAGCUAAUAUUGUAUUACUAUUUUUUAUCAUUAUCAUCACCAUAAAUGAUCUGCAUAAAAUAAAAAAGUAAUAAAUAAUACUUUUUAAUUAUUAUUAAUGGACACAAAAAAAGACAGCUAAUGCAUUAUGACCAUUAGUAUUCUGAACAAUCUGCAUCAAAUAAAGUAGCUAAUACUGCAUUAUAAUAAUUAUUAUUAUUAUCAUCCUCUAAAAAAAAAAAAGCUGUUAAAUGUUACUUUUCUUUCAAGUUGUUUCAGUUUGUGCAAAAGAAAAAUACUGCAUUUUUAUUAUCAUUUUCACAUUAAACCAUCUCCAUUAAACAAAGUAGCUAAUAUUGGAUUAUUGUUAUAAUUAUUAUAAUCAUCAUCAUCAUAAGUAUCCUUCACUAAACAAUUUAUACAAAAGAAAAAAUGAAUAAUACUAUUUUUUUAUUAUUAUUCUGCACAAAAUAAGACAUCCUAAACAAUGUGCAUCAAAUAAAGUAGCUAAUACUGCAUUAUAAUAAUUAUCAUCAUACUCUUAAAAAAAAAAAAAAAAUGGUGUUAAACUAUUAAAUUUUACUUUUCUUCCAAGUUGUUUCAGUUUGUGCAAAAGAAAAAUACUGCAUUUUUAUUAUCAUCAUAUUAAUCCAUCUGCAUUAAACAAAGUAGCUAAUGUUUUAUUCUUAUGAUUACUUUAAUCCUCAUCAUAAGUAUCCUUCACUAAACAAUUUGCAUAAAAGAAAAAAAAUAAAUGUUUUUUAUAAUUAUUCUUCACAAAAUAAAACAUCCUAAACAAUGUGCAUGCAUUAAAAAAGUAGUUAAUACUGCAUUAUUAUUAUUAUUAUUAUUGAUAAUAUUAAUCUUCACCAUCAUCCCCUAAACAAUUUGCAUAAAAUUAUAAAAGGUAAUAUUUUUAUCUUCAUCAUCAGCAUUAGUUUCUUCAACAGCUAAUUUGUAUUACUUUUAUUACUAAAAACCUGAAAUUGUUUGUGUAAAAUAAAAUCUAAAAUUAAUAAAUAUGGCAUUGAUUUUACUACAGUAAAUAUUCAUCAUCACCAUCAUUCUGAGUGAUUACACCAUUAUGUCAAGUUUUAUUUCAGUUAAUUAUUUUUAUUAUUGAUGAAUCUGGACACUUCAUCGACAUAAAUGGACGCAGUAACUUUAAGGUGGGAGGGGGGACUUGGAUAAAUUGGAAUGCACCAAUUAAAUGUUGCAAAAAUUUGAAAAAAAAAUGCACUUGGCCAAUCGGAGAUGAGAACAGAGGAGUUGGGAAGCAGUAAAACUUGUCAAUUAUCAUAACAGACACUCACAGGGUGACUUUAAAAAACGGAACCACCAAUCCCAGGGCCCGGGAGGAAAUGGAGUAGGUGGAGCCACACAUUGGGACUGUUUGAACACAACAGCAUCUGGGUCACUAUCAAAUGAGACAGUAUUAAUUGUACCCGAAUGACACCAGUGCAGGUAUAUCCAUGGUCGGCCAUCUCUUGGUCAUCUACUGUUCAUUUCCCAGCUCAGGGAGGAUAAUCGGCAUAACUUGACCUUUUCCAAUUUUGACUGAGAGAUCUUUGCACCAAUUAUCACAAAAAAAGGUUGAACUUGUGUACACACAAGAAAGCAAUAAUAAAAUGUCUACUCAUUCCUUUAUAA